CAAAGCACGGAAACCCUUUUUGCCCUCAGAGGAAGUUCCUUCGGGCCCACAAAACUAAUGAAAUGUUGUGGUUUACUGGACUUUUAGCGUUUCAUAUUCACCGAGACAUUUUCUGACUACAACAGCUUUCCCAGUGGAGGCUUUCAGUCUGUGCGAGAACCACAAAAGGACUCCAGGGUUUUCUCGAACACGAAAAGCCACGGAAGAUAAAGGAGGAAAGGAAGACGGGGCAGAAAGAAAAAUACUCCGUAAAGAGAAAGGCAAAGUCGGCGUCAAAAUGUUUGGAUUGGAAACCUUGUGGUCUCGCUGCUUACCUCUCUGUGCUCUGGCUUGUUUGGUGGGAGCUGUUUCCCCCGAUUGUUCGUUGCCUUGCAGUUGCCCCCCAGAGCUGCCCCGAUGCCCGGCCGGGGUCAGCCUCCUGACUGACGGUUGCGGUUGCUGCCGGGUGUGCGCGGGGCAGCUCGGAGACGAGUGCAGCCUCGGACAGCCGUGCGAUCAACACAAGGGUCUUCACUGCCACCUGCCUCCUCACCAGUCCGGCCGGCAGACAGGCAUCUGUCUGGACAGGCAGGGUGCUACCUGUGACUUGGGAGGAGUGAUUUACCGGAGCGGUGAGACCUUCCAGCCCAGCUGCAAGUACCAGUGCACCUGCCUGGACGGUGCGAUCGGUUGCAUCCCCUUCUGCACUGACGACAUCCGGCUGCCGAGCCCGGGCUGUCCAUCCCCCCGGCGGGUCAAGGUUCCCGGCCAGUGCUGUGAGGAGUGGGUCUGUGAUGAGUCUCGAAGCGGCCUUGACUUCAGUGUCGCGUUGCCAGUUUACACAAAAGAAGUGACCUUCGGGCCCGACUCAAACCAACUCCACGACAACUGCAUCCUCCAAACCACUGAGUGGAGCGCUUGCUCCCAGCGCUGCGGAAUGGGAAUCUCCACCAGGGUGACCAGCGACAAUCAGGAAUGCCGGCUCGAGAAGCAGACCCGGCUCUGCGUGGUCAGGCCCUGCGACGUCCAGCAGGAGCAGAGCAUCAAGAAAGGCAAAAAGUGCAUCCGAACGGCGAAGCCUUUGCACUCGAUGAAGUUUGAGUUUUCCGGGUGCAGCAGCACCAAGUCCUACCGGCCACGGUUCUGUGGAGUCUGCACGGACGGGCGGUGCUGCACCCCACACUCCACCGUCACCCUGGUCGUGGAGUUCAAGUGUCCCGAGGGCGACCGGAUCAAGAGGAAGAUGAUGUUCAUCAAGUCCUGCUCGUGUCACAGCGACUGCCCCUCCGACAACGACAUCUUCCAGUCCACCUUCCACCGCAAAAUGAUCGGCGAUUACACCGUGCAGACCGGUGACCUCUGGUGACCCGGUGGGGCUCCAGCCCAGCAAUAAUCAAUCCUUGGCGUUCGACAAAGCGCCUUUCUCGCGUCGUUGGGACGUCUCAAAGUGCUUCGCCGGUUGUUACCGUAA